AUGUCUGCCAUUCUUGGACUUACUACACCAGUGGUGAAUGUGACUUCUUCCAUAAGAGAGACUAGUAACUUAACCAGGUCCUUUCAAACAACAUGUCUUCCAGUUCGUAUGUAUCAUGUAUCGUCACUUCGUUGUGCCCCUGGCAAGAAGUCCACAGUCGAGGGUGAUGCCCAAAAUCAUUCGUCGUCUGUUCAGGGCCCAUCUGACAAGAAUAUUCCUGAUAAGGACGAUCCCAAAGAUCAUAGCGAUGUGAGCGCUUCUGAUGAGUACUACAAGAAUUAUUCGAAGAUUUUCUCAGAAUUCGAUACACAUCGUGACGCGGAAGCUGAAGUUGUUGAUAAAGAAAAAAGCUAUUUUGCCAAGUACUCUGACACCUUCACUCAGAAAUUUACUCAAGAUGACAUGCCUCUUAAGUUGACACACACUGAUUGUAAUGGUAGAGCUGUUAUGGUGGAUGUUGAUCACAAACCUGAGAGUUCAAGAGUCGCAGUUGCCAGGGCAACUGUUUACCUUGGUGACGAGGCGUUUUCAUUGGUUAAAGAAAACAAGAUGAAAAAGGGCGACGUUUUGACUGUGGCGCAGUUGGCGGGAAUCAUGGGCGCAAAACAAACAAGUAAUUUGAUACCGCUGUGUCAUAAUCUUCCGAUUAAGAAAGUCAAGGUUGAUCUUCAUCUUGAUGAAGGAAGAAACGCUGUUGUUGUUGAGUCCCAUGUAAAGACGUUCGGUCAGACAGGAGUAGAGAUGGAGGCGCUGACAGCUGUCUCCAUUGCUGCUCUGACGGUGUAUGACAUGUGUAAAGCCGUCACUCAUGAUAUCGUUAUUAGUGAUGUUAUGCUCGUGUCGAAGACUGGAGGACAGAGAGGAGACUUCCACCGUUGAUUUUUAUAAAUUCUAAGUACAGUUUUCAUAAUUUGAAUUUGAAUUUGAAU